GGCGCGGAGAGAGUCCGGGGCGUCAGUGUGCAGGCCUGCACCUUUCUUCUUGCUACUUCCGGUAGGGAGAAAUGGUGCGGUAGAGCAGCCCGCCAACCCGCCGCCUCGCGCAUGCGUGAUCUGGAUGUGGCGCCUAGACCCGGAGCUAGGUGUAAGGGGCGUGGCAAGAGGGCGGAUCUCGCGCUGGGGGAACAUAGGUGACUGGAGACAAGAUCUAGAGGAUUCAUAUAACAGGGAGAUGUUACCACCAUCAGGUUUUGCUGGGCUGGUUCCUCCCUCCCACUUCCAAGCUCGGCCCCUUCCAACUCUGCCAAGAAUGGCCCCGACCUGGGCUUCAAACGUUCCCUUGGUCCAAUCUCCGGCCAGCCAAGAUGUCUUAGAGAGCCGGCUAGAUGCUCAGAGGUCGACAGUGACCAUGUGGGGACAGGAUUUCUGUGGAGACGAGCAGGGGCUAGGGCGGAGAGGCAGGUCUCAGGAGCUGGGGCUCUCCGGUGCCCUGAGCCAGCAGGCGGAGCUGAUCUCUCGGCAGCUCCUAGAGCUACGGCGGCUGGAGGAGGAAGUCCGGUCCCUACGGGAGACCUCCCUGCAGCAGAAGAAGCGAUUAGAGACUCAGGCCAUGGAGCUGGAUGCUCUUGCAGUGGCAGAGAAGGCCGGACAAGCUGAGGCGGAGGGCCUGCGCGCCGCCUUGGCCGGAGCCGAAACGGUUCGGAAGAACCUGGAAGAGGCGAAGCAGAGGGAGCUGGAGGAGAUUCAGAGUCGGCACCAAGAGCAGCUGUCCUCCCUGACACAGGCUCACCAGAAGGCUCUCGACAGUCUGACCAGCAAGGCCGAGGGCUUGGAGAAGUCUCUGAGUUGCCUGGAAACGAAACGGGCAGCAGAAGCCAAGCAACUGGCUAUGUCCCAGAAGGAGGCGGACCUGCUCAGGAAUCAGCUGAGUAAGACCCAAGAAGAGCUGGAAGCUCAGGUGACCUUGGUCGAGAAUCUGAGGACGUAUGUGGGGGAACAAGUCCCCCCUGAGGCCCCUAGCCAGGCAUGGAAGCUGGAACAGAAGGAGCUUCUAGACACCUGCAAGCACUUGAAGGAGGACCGGGCUGGCCUUCAGGCCACCGUAGAAUUACUGCAGAUUCGAGUGCAGAGCCUCACACACAUGCUCGCCCUGCAGGAAGAGGAGCUGACCAGGAAGAUUCAGCCUUUAGAUCCCUUGGAGCCUGAGUUUCCUAAGAAGUGCCGCUCGCUGCUGCGCAGCUGGCGGGAGAAGGUGUUUGCCCUCAUGGUGCAGCUCAAAGCCCAGGACCUGGAGCACAGGGACUCCAUGACACAGCUGAAGGACCAGGUAGCAGAGCUCCAGGAGCAAGUGACCGCCCAAAGCCAGGAGCAGGCCAUCUUGCAGCGCGCCCUGCAAGACAAAACUGCCCAGGUGGAGGUGGAGCGGAUGAGCACCCAGACCCUGCAGAUGGAGCUGAGUCAGGCUCAGGAGGCCAGGCGGAGGCAGGAACAGCAGACGGCCUCUGCCGAGGAGCAGCUGAAGUUCCUGGUCAGUGCUAUGAACAGCACUCAGGCCAAACUUCAGAGCACCAUGACCAGGGUGGAUCAGGCUGUAGCCCGGAUUCCCAGCCUCAGCAACCGACUCAGCUAUGCCGUCCGCAAGGUCCACACCAUUAAGGGUUUGAUGGCUCGAAAGGUGGCUCUUGCUCAGUUGCGCCUGGAGAGCUCUCCCCCAACCGAAACUGCACCCCCACUCGACACAGACCUGAGCCUUGAGCUGGAGCAGCUACGGGAAGAACGGAACCGCCUGGAUGCAGAGCUACAGCUGAGCGCCCACCUGAUCCAGCAGGAAGUGGGCCGGGCACGGGAGCAAGGGGAGGCCGAGCGCAGGCAGCUGACGGAGGUGGCCCAGCAGCUGGAGCAGGAGCUGCAGCAUGCCCAGGAAUCCCUGGCCAGCGUUGGGCAGCAGCUGGAGGCAGCGCGUCAGGGCCAGCAGGAGAGCACGGAGGAAGCUGCCAGCCUCCGUCAGGAGCUGACACAGCAGCAGGAGAUAUACGGGCAAGCUCUGCAAGAGAAGGUAGCCGAAGUGGAAACCCGUCUUCGGGAACAGCUCUCAGACACAAAGAGGAGGCUGAACGAGGCCCGGAGGGAGCAGGCCAAGGCUGUGGUUUCCUUGCGCCAGAUCCAGCACAAAGCCACUCGGGAAAAGGAGCGCAACCAGGAGCUCAGGCGCCUGCAGGACGAGGCCAGGAAGGAGGAGGGGCAGCGGCUGACCCAGCGAGUGCAGGAGCUGGAGAGGGACAAGAACCUCAUGCUGGCCAUCUUGAAGCAAGAGGGUCUCCUCUUCCGUUACAAGCAGCAGCGCCUGUUAGCCGUGCUGCCCUUGGGAGUGGAUAGCAAGUGCAAACCCCAGUCUGUGGAGUCCUCAUCACCCGAGUCUCCAGCAGCUUCACCCUGCAAGGAAUCUAUGAAAGGCUCCUUGAAUGUCCUGCUUGAUAACCUGCAAGGCCUAAGCGAGGCCAUUUCCAGAGACGAAGCUAUUUGUCUGGAAGGUCACCAGAACCCUGAGAGCUCUCCCUCAGAUCUCUGGCUGACCCGGAGCUGCCAGAAGGAGUGAAGACACUCCCCAACCCCCCACCCCCACCCCAGGACGGUUGGGAGGGAGGAUGGGGCUUCCACCAAGUUCAAACUCUGCAGUGAAUAAAGAUGGCUUCAGUGGAGUCGUUGCCUGGA